UGACAAGGCAAACAGUAGAUAACUUUCCUUUUGUGUUUCUUCAGUCCUUCCUUUUUAAAGCCGUUGCUUUUCUCUCCUUUUCUCAGCCUCCCAUGGCAGGUUCGCUUUGUUGAAAGCUCUUUCUCUCUCUCUGUUUUUCCAGGGACUGAGUUUGUGUUUUUGAAUACCCUUUUGUCAGAUUUCUAGGGUUCGUCUUUUUGUUCAUCGCUUUGAGUUUCACUUUCACGGUUCCUUUGCCUUUUCUUUUUGCCUGCUUUAUACUGAGUCGAUGCCAACAGGUAGAAUCUGAGAGAGAAAAAAUACAAGCAGAAAUGGAGGAAAGCAUCCUAUGUCCGAUCAAAUACACAGAACACAAAAAUAUUACUCGGAAGUUCAAAAAACAGGCCUUGAAACCGAAGAAAGCACCUUCCGAUCACUACCGUACUGAACCCGUUGACGUCGUUGAAGUUCCGAGGAUUGUUCGAGUAUCCGUUACAGACCAUGACGCGACAGACUCUUCCAGCGACGAGGAAGCUGACUUCUUUGGUCGUCAGAGAGUGAAACGUUACGUCAAUGAGAUUAACGUCGAAGUCGCCGCCGUUUCAAGCGCGGUUUGCAAAGGCAACCGGAAAAGGACUGCGGUGGCAGCUGGGGUCACUACGGGAUGUGGUAGACCGAUUAAGGAUUCUUCAGUCAACGGGAAUGGAAGGAAGUUUAGAGGAGUACGACAAAGACCGUGGGGUAAAUGGGCGGCGGAGAUUCGGGAUCCUGCUCGACGUGUACGGCUGUGGUUGGGCACUUACAAUACUGCUGAAGAAGCAGCCAUGGUUUAUGAUAAUGCAGCGAUCAAGCUCCGAGGACCCGACGCUUUGACCAACUUCGUAACUCCACCGGCUAAGGAGGAAGACAACGGAAAACCCGAAAACAUCAACGUCAGUUCGGUUUCCGAGUACGAAUCCGGAGACGAGUCAACUCACAAUCUUUCUUCCCCAACUUCGGUCCUCAACUUCCGAACUCUAUCAAGUGACGAAACUCCGGUAGAACCGAAGAAACAAGCUUCCGAAUCUCAAGAAGAGGAGAGUAAACAGCUGCCGCUUAAGGAGGAGCAGCAGCAACAACUGGCUCUGAACGAAUGUCAAGGCGAAACUGAAACCAACUUUUCCGAUAUUUCGGUGUUCGAUUUGCCGCUCGAUUUUCCUUCAGUCGACGAGCUUUUCGACAUGUCAGUGUCGGGAUUGUCGGCUUUCGAUGAUGCUGCGAUGGUUUUACCAGACAGUACCGUUUUAAGUGAUGAUUUUGGCUGCUCGUCGUCAUCGACUAUUUGUCAAGUUGAUGAUUAUUUUGCAGACAUCGAUGAUCUGUUCUUUUCUGAUCCUUUAGUUGCAUUAUGAAAGUGAGUUUAUGUCAUCGCCGUUUUGCUUGUCGAUUUUCCGGCAGAUUUUGGAUCGGCGACGACAUAUAUAUGUUCUAGCAUAGUCUUUUUGGUUUAACAUUGUUAAUGUUAAUUUUUUCUCCGUUAAAACAAACGGAGAGUUGAGUGGAGUUUUGCUGAGAUUUU